GUAUUUUCCUGUGUGAACGAUAACACGAUACAUCGAAAAUGAUACAUAAACAGAACUGAUGCGAAACGUCGGAUCGAAACUAUACAACAUAUAGCGUGCUUAAUAUUGAUAAAAUACUCAUAGUACUAUUGUUCAGCCGCGUUUUACUAUCUUAAACCAUCUGUUGAGUACAUUACAUGAGGACGGCUGUUUUGGUCCGCCGGUCAAGCGCACAGCUUCAUCGAUGUUACGGAUGAUGAAAGUUGGACAUACGAUGUAAAUGAUUUUGUGUAUAUCGUUACAUUAAAUAUCAAUUCAUGGGAUAUACCAUACAACGAUAGUGAAGUGACAUGGUAAUUGAUAUGGAUUAACAUAAGAAUGUGUAACAUUUGGUGCCGCCACAUUAAUGAUAACAAUUGAAACAAAAAAAGAAGGAAUACAUGUUUUCUGUUCAUCGUAAACAAGGAAAACAUUAACAAAAAAACACAUAACAGAUUAUCAUUACAAACGUUUUUUCCAUUUCGCCAUAAAAGGGAGGGUUGAAAAAAAUGGGACUAUACGAAGCGCUCUGGGAUGAUACACUUUGGUUCCCAGAAAAUUCUUCUGGGACCCCGUACGGCUGGAAGGAUUUGGAAAACCAGCCGGGCUCCGAUACCUACUACCCACAAUUAGUGCACCUUAACCUAUCGAUUCUCAUUGGGGCGUUUUUCGUCGGAAUCAGAUUUAUCUUCGAAAGGUUUGUUGCAGUACCCUUCGGUUUUGCCAUCGGUGUUUCCAAACGAAGGCCCCCGGGACCACCCCAUGACCAAGUCCUUGAAAAUGCCUUCAAGACUUGCAAAAAGAUUGACAACGGUUUCAUUAAACGUCUUUCGAAGCAGACGGAUAAGAGCGUUCACCAGAUACAGAUCUGGCUCCGGAAGCGACGUAACUAUGAUGCGCAGCCGACAAUAAAGAAAUUUGCGGAAUGCUGUUGGCAUUUCCUGUUCUACACAUCCGCGUGCAUCGGAGGUGGCAUCGUCUUAUGGGACAAACCUUGGCUCUUGGCAACGAAGCAUUGCUGGAUCGGCUGGCCUUUGCAACACUUGACCUCGGAGAUAUACUGGUAUUACAUUCUGGAGGCCGCGUUUUAUUGGGGACUCCUGAUUACGCUGCUCACCGAUGCGAAACGAAAGGAUUUCAUUCAGAUGACUGUUCACCACGUUGCCACGUUGGUGCUGAUUUACUUUUCGUGGAUGAUGAACCUAGUACGCAUAGGAACCUUAGUCCUGUUUGUUCACGAUGCCUCGGACCCGUUCCUUACGGCCGGAAAAAUGUGCAAUUACAGCAAACACAAACUGCUCAAGGAAAUCCUAUUCAUAUGCUUCAUCGCUACAUGGAUGAUAACACGACUCGGGGUCUACCCAUUUAGUAUUUUAUGGAGUACAACCUUUGAACCCUACCAAUAUAUAAUGGAGCAGACGUUUUUCACUCACUGGUUCUUCCUGUUUUUUCUCUACACGCUAAUGGUCCUGCACCUCAUGUGGACUUACAGCAUUUUCAUGGUGGCGGUAAACAAGUUGAAGAAGGGAGACGUGGAGGAUGUGAGAAGUGAUUCUGACACAGACUCUGAAAGAGAUUAGCUAUGCACUCGCCGAUUAAGAAAAACGUGAUUAAAUAUGUUGGAACUGAUUAAGACAUAUAUUCUUAGAUUGGAUACUUAUGCAAUUAAAUGAAUAAGGAAAUGGUGAUAACGUACGUUACGACGGAUAAAGAAGCAAAAUUUGAUUGUGAAUGCAUUAACUGAGAAACUCACAGGUUCUGUGGUGACACAUUAACUGAUAAAGACACUUGCUACAUAGUGAUUAAAUAUGUUGUAACUGAUUAAAA